ACAAAGCUGUGCGUUUCAUGUCUGAAAUAAUCAAACUAAAUCUCAUUUUUCAUUUUUCUCGGCAACCAAACAUUCAUUUUCUCGCGUUUUUUUCCCACCCUGAUCCGGCGAAACGAUCGGAAGCGCCGAUGGACAAGGUGGAGGAGGAGGUGGAGAAGGCGAAGAAGGAGUGGGACGAAGCGUACAGUAACGUCUUACAGCAAAUAAAGGCGAUCGAAGAGUACGGUGAAUCCACCGGAGCUGCUACUAUGGAGUCGCAGAAGGACUCGCUGCCCAGGAUGAACGGGCUUGCACAAGACGGCUUGUCGUUGCUCAAUUCAUUGCAGUUCAAGCUCGAUCUGUUCGCUCCGCAGUUGCCCACUGACGAUCAGGUCCAAUCCGCCAAGGCCUUGCUCGAAUCCUGGAAAAAUCGAUCCCACAGUUUGCGCUUGAGUUUGAGGAAUGCAAAUUUGCAAGCAAAGGCUAACAUGAGGAAAGCUGCUCAGAAAGAGAGAGAACUUCUUUUGGGAGGUGGAGAAGAGUCCACGAUUCGUAGACGCAACUUACAAACAAAGGCUGGAAUGACAUCUGCUGCAGAAAGCAUCACAGAGAGCCUUCGCCGUACUCGUCAACUGAUGGUUCAGGAAGUGGAACGAAGUGCUGGCACACUCAUGACUUUCGAGGAAUCCACUGGAGUGCUGAAGAAGGCUGAAAGUGAAUAUAAGGGACACCGUUCAUUGUUGAUGCGAACCAGAAACCUACUCUCGACAAUGCAACGACAAGAUGUCAUUGACAGGGUGAUACUUGUGCUAGGAUUCUUCUUGUUUUCUUUAGCUGUUCUAUAUGUCGUUUCAAAGCGUAUUGGUCUGCUGGCGCUGCAGAGGCAGGUCACAUCUGCCAUUAAGGCUGGUAUGGUUGGGCGAGCAGAACUCAGACCUGGAGCUGUUGAAGAUGCCGUAAAUCAUGCCCAGGCCUAUGGCAAUGCAGCUCAUAAAGUCGAGGAACCUCUAGAAAGAGUGAUGCACGACGAACUACGAUGAAUUCGAGUUACGCAUUGCCAUUACGACAUUACGACGUCUCUGUGUCUUAAUUUUUUGUACCUGCACUGUUAUUUUCAUGUUGGUUUCUUGAAGCCAGCAUUGUUAAAUAUGUACGACGUUUUUUCUUUCUUUAUCAUAUUUGGAAAUAGCAAUCUCGCAGUUUUAAGGGAAA